CGCUACUCCCCCAAACAGGAAAGAAGCAACAGAGCAGGUUCAAAAAAGAUGGUGGGGUAUCAAGCGUCCUACUAGUGAGUGGGCUAGCUGGUAGGAUGGGAGAUGGAGUUGAGCGGGGAGCUACACAGAGGAGCAGACGACUGGCUGCUGACUUUGGAGGAUGGAUGCAGGAGGUUACAGGUGAUGGUGGCCGAGCUGUCUUGGCGGUCGCAUGAGGAGCCAGAGGAUGCAGAGGGGGCGAUUUCUCCGACUGCGUGGGUGAAGAGUACGGCCGACGGCAUGCUGGAUGUCAUCUGGGAGCUGGAGGAGGGGCCGGAUCCCCAGCAAGAAUCUUGCAUUGAUUGGACGAGAGCACGUAGUAUGAUGUCUUCCUGUUACGUCCUCUUUGCUGAAGGCGGCAACUUAUGCUUCAAGCUGGAGAAGAGAUUGAAGGGAGAUGAUGAUAUUGAGGACGUGAUCGGGCUGGAGAUUGGAGCGCUGGAUGACAAGGCUAACUCCGGAGUCAGCAUCAAUAAAUGCAACAACAACGGCAACAAUAGUAUAAACAGCGACAAGGACUACAACAACAACAACUACGAUAAUAAUAACGGGCACAGCGACAUCGAAAACAAAAACAUCAGCGACAAUAACGACUUCAGUUGCAGCCACAACAACAACGGCAUCAGUGGGGUGGACGACAACAAUAACAACAGCGAUGGGGAUGGCAGCAACAACAAUGGCGAUGACAGUGGCUGCGGCGACGAUGUUGGCAGCGAUGCUGGCAACAGGGAUGUGGGGAUUGGGGAUGAUCACAACAACAAUACCGACGGGGAUGACAACAACAAAAACAGAGAUGGGGAUCAUAACAACAACAAUUGCGGGGAGGGUAGGGGGAGGGAGGUACUAGGAUUUAGCAGGGAGAAUCUGGCGCCUGAUCUUAGGUGAAGAGGUCCCUCCCCCCCCGCCCUCCCCCCUGCUCAGUUAAUCCCCCGGAUGCCAGGGCAAUCAAUGCUGGCAGGAACU